GGAAGUUGCACACUUGUGUCUCGCGCUUGACGCUGUCUAUGUGGCUGCUCGCUUUUGCAAAGGAAUGUCGCUGCUGCUAUAUCUCUGUCGGGAUGGAGGACUGACAGAUGUUUCGAGGAAAAGAUGUCGCGACUGCAAUCUCUCCUGUUAUUAAAUAUCCAUGAUGGUCAAAACAAACCUAGUAGUUACCUCCACCUCUGACUGGCAACCAAGAGCAUCCAGUCAGAUCUAAGAGACUGAAUUCAGAGCUGAUAUUUAGUCGGAUUGGCUUCAUACGUGCUUCUAAGCAUGGACCCGUAACUUCCUCAUCCACCAGGACACGCUGUUACACGUUACCGUUGGUUGUUGUGUGACGAGCCGCCGCGGGGAGUUCCACCGCACGUUACUGCACAAGCCUGUGACGCACCACCAAGAUGUUUUCAGCGCUCAAGAAGCUGGUGGGGUCCGAGCCAGGGCAGCUCAGGGACAAGAACAUUCCGGCUGGCUUGCAGUCCAUGAACCAGAGUUUGCAGAGACGCUUCGCCAAAGGGGUCCAGUAUAACAUGAAAAUAGUCAUCCGGGGAGAUAGAAACACCGGCAAGAGUACUUUAUGGCAUCGACUGCAGGGCAAGAAGUUUGUUGAGGAGUACCUACCCACUCAGGAGAUCCAAGCCACAAGUAUCCAUUGGAAUUACAAAACUACUGAUGAUGUGGUCAAGGUAGAGGUGUGGGACGUGGUAGACAAAGGCCAAAAAUACCCUCUUCCCGAAGGUGUAGGAAAAGGCAAAAAGCGCGGAGAGAAUUUAAAACUGGAGAAUGAGCCUCAAGAGUCGGAUGAGGUGGCCCUGGAUGCAGAGUUCCUGGAUGUGUACAAGAACUGUAAUGGAAUCAUCAUGAUGUUUGACAUCACCAAGCAGUGGACUUUUAACUACAUCCUGAGGGAGCUGCCCAAAGUACCCACCCACGUGCCGGUGUGCGUGUUGGGCAACCACAGAGACAUGGGCGAGCACCGCGUCAUCCUCCCCGACGACAUCAGAGACCUGAUCGCCGGGCUGAACAGACCGAUGGGAGCUUCUUACAUCCACUACGCCGAGUCCUCCAUGAAGAAUGGGUUUGGUUUGAAGUAUCUGCACAGGUUUUUCAACAUCCCCUUCCUGCAGCUACAGAGGGAGACCCUCCUGAGGCAGCUGGAGACGAACCAGCUGGACAUGGACGCCACCCUGGAGGAGCUCUGUGUCCAGCAGGAGACUGAAGAUCAGAACUAUGAGAUUUUCCUGGAGAACCUGGAGACUCGCAGUAAGGGCUUCGGCUCUCCUGGUCCCGCUAACGGUCAGAGUCCCGACUCGGGCUCCCAGUCCCCUAUCGUCCCUCCCAGCGGCGCCUCCACGGGCAGCUCCAGCCCCAGCACCCCUCAGCCCCCAGUUCCCUUCCAGGCGCUCCCGCAGUCGCCGUCCGUGUCCGCCGCCUCCCCUCUCUCUCCGCCUCCGCCGGCAGCCAUCAGCGGCGCGGGUCCUCCCGAGGUUGAGUCGAAGCCGCCGGCCCAGUCACCCGAACACCUUCAGGCACCGGGAGGCUCCGCCCCCCAGAAACGCGGCUUCAUCUCCCGCUGGUUUGGUUCAUCUCCUGCCGCCGAGGCUCCUGCUUCUGCACCAGACGAGCCGCCCGCACCAGUGUGCCCUGCUAAUGUUCAGAGUGUGGACGACUUUGUGCCAGAUGAGAGGCUGGACAGAAGCUUCCUGGAGGACAGCCUGCCCUCCAGGGCCAAAGGGCCUCCUCAGCCUGCAGCGGCUGUGGACAGCGACAGUGACGGCGAGGACAGAGGAAACCCCAUGGUGUCUGGUUUCAUGGAUGAGCUGGAUCCCGACGAUACGGAGCCCAGCCUUCCCCCACCGAAGACCCUGCCCCCCCGCAAAGAUGUCACUCUGACCAGUGACGAGGACGACGGGGUUCCAGCGGCCCCCGCCGUCGCACAGAACCAAGACCUGGACAGUGAACCUGAGCUGAAGGCGCGUGUGAUCCACACCACCAAACCAAAGGUGGCCUCUAAAGCUCCAGAGCUCCGAGGCCAGAGCGCAGCGCCCAUCUCCCUCACUUUAACCCCCGCGGCACAGCAGCUGCCCCGACACCAGGGCAAGAAGAAGGGAAGCCCACCGAGAGCCGAGGACUCCGAUACAGACCCCGAGGCCCCCGUGGCCCAUCAGAUGCUCUCGUAUGUCAUGGAUGACCCCGACUUUGAGUCCGAGGUGUCGGACACACCAAAAAUAACAAAGGACAUAUUUCCAGUCAGAGACGAGCUUCUGUCGGACCUCUCUGACGAUGGCAUGCAGUUGGCCACGGUGCCAGAACCCCUGAAGCCCACCGUGAUCUCUUUCAAACACAAGGACGACACCGACCUGUUUGGCCUCGGCCUCCAAGAAGAGGCUCCCGCAGCCAAGGAGAGCAGCGAGGAGCCUGAAGACAAAGAAAGCAAACACUCCUCCAAAGACAAGAAGAAAAAGAAGAAGAAAAGCAAAGAGGUAAAGUUGAGUUGUGUGACUGGUAACGUGUCUAAAAGACGGCAACGUCAACACAAUAGCUUGUGCUCUUCUGUUUUCAGGAAGACGAAAAGAACAAGAAGAAACACAAACCGAAGAAGAAGGAAAAAGACGAGGCUGCAGCGGUCGACGAGAAAGAGAAAAAGAAGAAGAAGACCCGGACCAAGAAAACGGAAGUGGACGAGCUGGAGGACUUUUUGGGCGGAGGAGCAGCGUCGAUCAAAAGAGAUGACGGAGAUUAUGAAGAACUGUAAAAAAAAACAACCCUCCUGGUUCCUUGACUGGCUUGUAGGAGCAUAACGCAUCUCCAAGCCAUACGAACUGCACAAGGCGACGACAACACCAGGUAAAAUCCCCGAGGACUCUGGUACCUGUAUGUUCCUGCUGAUUGAUUUCUCCAUCUGCACUACUGCAAAGGUCACUUCCAUUCCAGCGGCGGGGAGAGCCCCGCGUCCACAUAGUUGAUGAUUGGUGGAGCCCGUUGUAUUUGACUGGAUUGAAUAUGUGGGCUGAACGUGUUGUCUUUUGAUUUGACCCACGCCCAAUCCGCUACUGUAAAUAGGGUCACCGCUCAGUUCUGCAUUAGUUUGUUUUGGUGUAAUAUUGGAGAGCAUGUUUAAAGACUCCUCCGUGUUCUGUCUUUUCUUUCUUUCCUACGUGUCGGCUCAACGGCAGAUGGUCUCAUGCCUCUAAAUGUAAACGCUGAGGAAGAUUCAGAUUGAGUUGAUUUGAACAACAAAGAAAAUGACUUUCCCUUCUUCACUCUGGAAAUACGUCCACACUGAGCCGGCCACAUUUGAAAACCUCUUUGCUUUGUUUUAGCCUCCAUCCGCACUAAAAACCUUUACAUGAUAUUUAAAUACCAGGAGGACAAACUGUAGUACAGCCUCCGAUACUGUAAGCUAUGUUGUUGAGUUUCUCUUUAGGGGAAUUUGAGUUCCCAUUGGAAAACGGUUACACACAUGUCUAGGGCUUUUAUUGUGAAAGGUCGGGCUGCGUCUGUCCCAGCAGAUGUAGACAGUUGCCGGUGAAAAGAGGAGACAGAAGUGUGACGGUUCAUCCUUUUAUAGUGCGUCAAAGUGGAAGACAAAAGAUUCAGCAUCUGUGUCCUGAAGAGACACACUGGUGCUCCAUGGUGCUGCAGUCUGCCAUGUGGGUCUCUGGGCCGAGUCGCAGCAACAAUGUAUGGCUUUGUCUAAUGGGAUGGUCACAGGUGUGCUCUGAUCCCAGACUUCCCUCUUUCUAAAAGUUUUCACAGCAUUUUCUAAACAUUAGCCGGCUUAAUGUGGACGUAGUCUCAGUGUGAAACUGACCCGAGGCCUGUCGCAACGCAUCGCAAUGUCGAGGUCAGCAAAAAUGAUCCACAAAGUUAAAAUCGUCAAAAUUAUGGCAUUCAUGUCCAUACAUCGUGAAAUAAGUGGAUGAUGUGAAAUGAUGGUGAUCGUGUCCAUACACCGUGAUCAUGGUAACGGGCCUCAUUUAAACCCCCCCCCCCCUGUGACUUCUGCAGUUUGCCUUAACGGAGGUGUUACGUCUGUCUCUCUGCUUUCCUUUUGACCCUCGUUGGCUUGCACCACUCUGCUAAGGGAGUGUGGAGGAUUUGCGUUAUCAUUUCUCUGUACGUGAAAUGUCUAAGAUGGUCCCGUUGUUUUAUCCCCGUGUUAUUUAUUGCUUCCGUUUGUUUGUGUUGUUGCAGCGUCAACAGCUGUUCAUCUCUCCCAUAAACACUCUGAUGGUUUUAACGACAUGUACGUGGUGAUAUGAACAACAAACAGCAUGUUCCACAAACCACCACUUUUUCUUUUCUUAAAAAUAACCAUGUGUAUUUUCCGACAGAUUUCAUACGGUCUCCAUAUCGAUUCAUACGUGGUUUACAAAGAACUUGUGUUUGAUUUUCCAAAGUUGAAACUAUGCAGCAUUGAUCCUGAAUACUGUGUGCUCUCCUUUGUGUUUGUCUUUUAUCAUGUGAUUGAGGAUGGAUGCUGAACGCCCAGUUUCAAGCCAAGCAUGAGACUUCAAUGUACAGCAAGAAAAGAAUGUAUAAAGUAUAUAAAUAAUAUCCAUCUAUCUGAAGAGCUUUGUUCCAAAAAUGAUGCAUACGUGCCGUGUGGAAACAAUGUCCCUGAAAUGAUCUGAUCAAGAAGGAAAUGGAUUUGUGGUUUUUCCAGACGGAUGUGCGGCAUUUUGGAAUGAAACCCUUCAUUUAUUUUUCACCCAAUGACGUGUUCCAUCUUUACACUGUGUGAGUUUGCCUACUUUUGGUUUGUCCAAUAAAUGCAAACUUAUUUCUUCAUAAACAACA